AUGCUGGCCAAGGUCGCCCUGAUGCUUGCCGGCAUGGCGGCAGCGGGAGAAGCGUUCAUGCUCCCCUCCUCCUGCAGCUCAUCUCUUGCUCUACGAUCAGCGAGCACACCCCGCCUGAACACAUGCCUCUCCUCUUCGGCGAGGAAUAAUGUCAGGCAAGGAACCACUGCUUUAAGUAUGGCAUCGGACUGGUACACGGUUGAGAAGUUGGAAGAAGGCGAGGGGAAUGCAGCAAAGUACAAGUUCACUGUAACAGUAGAUGGUCAGAUGUCGAAGGAUUCAUACACUGCUAUCAUGAAGGACUUCAAGAAGAACGCGCAGUUCCCUGGAUUCCGUAAGGGAAGCAUCCCUCCAUUCAUGAUCCCGAAGGUGAAGCAGUUUGUAAUCCUCGAAUGCCUCGAGAAGAGUCUCGGAGAGGCCGUGAGGGAGCAGGCGCUGGAGCUUGCAGAUGAGAAUAACAAACCCAACUUGGAUGAUGCGCAGGUAGCAGAGCUGACGAAGACCUUCAAUGAGAACAAUGGAUUCAAGUACACCAUCGAAGCCCUCCUCAAGCCCUCUACGGCAGAGGAGGCGAAGUCCGCAUAA